GGGGACACGGUGUCUCAGGCUGAGCACCUCUCUCUCCUCUCUCUCUCUCUCCCUCGGGAGGUAAUCCCCACCAUGUGAGUAGGCGGUGCGGGUACCGGAGGCGUGUUUUUUUCUUUUUUGCCCCCCCAUUUAUUCAAAUGCUGCUGUACAUAUAAAAAGAGUGCCUGCGUGCGUCAGAUAGUUUUCUCCAAUGGGUAAAGGUGACUAAAUACUUGUUGUCUCUCUCGCCGGCCCAGUCGCAUCCUAUCGGCAGGGGGAAGAGAUGAUGCACGACUCCGGCGGUGUCCAAAUGGCGAGGGCGCUGAAGCAUUCAGCCCUGUGCCUGAUGCUGCUGCCCCGCUUCCUGCUGGCCGCCGUCAUGCUGUGGCUCCUGGAUUUCUUGUGUAUUCGGAAAAAAGUAUUGCUGAAAAUGGGGGAGAGCCAGGACGGGCCGGACGACCCGCCGGUGUGCGUCUCUGACUCUAAUAAGAUGUUCACCUUGGAGUCCCUCAGGGCCGUGUGGUACGGCCAGAAACUGGACUUUCUCAAAUCGGCUCACCUCGGACGCGCGGCUCCAAACACCGAGGUGAUGCUGGUGCAGGAGCGGCGGCAGGUCCGGAUCCUGGACUGCAUGAAAGGGAAGAGACCGCUCAUCCUUAACUUUGGCAGCUGCUCCUGACCGCCAUUCAUGACGCGCCUGACGGCGUUUCAGCGCGUCGUGAGUCAGUACGCAGACAUUGCGGACUUUUUAGUUGUAUAUAUCGAGGAGGCGCAUCCUUCGGACGGCUGGGUGAGCUCGGACGCGCCGUAUCAGAUCCCCAAGCACCGCUGCUUGGAGGACAGACUCAGAGCCGCUCAGCUGAUGCUCGCCGAGGUGCCCGGCAGCAACGUGGUGGUGGAUAAUAUGGACAACUCGUCCAACGCCGCGUACGGAGCCUACUUUGAGAGACUUUACAUCGUGAUGGAUGAGAGAGUGGUGUACCAGGGGGGCAGAGGUCCAGAAGGAUACCGGAUUUCAGAGCUCAGAAACUGGCUGGAGCAAUACAGGAACGAUCUGAUGAAUUCCCAAACAGCGGUGCUCCAUGUGUAGUUAUUAAAAGAUGCCCAUUUCUGCUUCAAGUGUCCAACUCACAGUGCAAAAUAUUCAGAUGCUGCUAUUCACACACGACACAUUAUGUUGUUUUUUCCUCGCGUGCAGAUAUUCAGGACUCUUUGACAAAUAGCCUAAAGUCAUGUUGAAGCAUAUAGGCUGUUAUAUUGUGCUUGUUCUUGAACUUAAUUGAUUGCUCAUAGCGAUUGUCUCUUUCUUUCGUCUCGCUCCGGUGUCUCUGUGAAGUUCGGUUUUUAAAAGGCGAAGCCAGAAAACCGGCACUGAUGUUCCUGACACCGGGAGCGGGCUCCAUGUUAGCAGGAUGCCUUCCUCAAUGAUGGAUUGCCCAACUGAUGUAAUGUUGAAACAAUGUAACUGAACAAAUGUUUUUAAUAAAAGUCGGAUCACACGUGGAUGAUUUGCUGUCGACUUGUGGAGCAAAACAUCUUUAAGUUCCUGCUUUUGGUUAUGGUAUUAGGGUUUAAUUUAAUACACAGUAAACUAAAUUACAAAA